AUGCACCCAGCGAACCAAGAAGAGAUCGUGCUCGUCCAAGAUACCCAGCCGAUGGAAGACGAAGCCCCAAACACGAAGAAGGCAAGGUUUGUCUUCAAGGGAAAGACGGAGGCACCAGCAAAGCAGACCGUGGGAGAGUUUGUGGAGGAGGCGAGGAGAGAAUCGGCUGGGACAACGCAUGCAGCAAGACCAACACCGACUGGCGCCAACGUACUACAGGUUAAAAUAUGCCAGGGUGUGAAGCCCAAAAAUGUAACUGUCAGAAAGUUUGGUGGGUGCGUCUACGUGGACAUUCGAGAAUUCUACCUGCUAGGAGGUCAAACGCACCCCACAAAAAAAGGCAUCACCUUGUCAGAAAUGGACUUUAAGAAGCUACAGAUGUCGUUGAAGCAGAUUAACGCCACAAUUUACAAGGCCAAGAACAUGUAG